CCGCGCUCUGCGCCCAGGGAAGAGGGAGGGAAACUCCGGGCAGAGACAAAGCGGGGGGGGGGAGCCGCGCCGGGAACAUCCGGGUCACUCGCCGCCGCCUCGAUCCGGGACACGCGCGGCUGCUCGGCCGAUCACGAAAGAGGAGUGGUACAGGUGUUUGCCUGCAGAAGAAAGCCGUUCCUUUUGUGGUGUAGUGAGGAGAUAGAGGGACUCUGAAUAUGUCUGGCAUAGCUCUUAGCAGGCUUGCACAGGAGAGAAAAGCGUGGAGAAAAGACCAUCCAUUUGGAUUUGUAGCAGUACCUACGAAAAACCCAGAUGGCACCAUGAAUUUAAUGAACUGGGAGUGUGCUAUUCCAGGAAAGAAAGGGACACCAUGGGAAGGAGGCCUAUUUAAACUACGGAUGCUUUUCAAGGAUGACUACCCUUCUUCACCCCCAAAAUGUAAAUUUGAACCACCGUUAUUCCACCCAAAUGUGUAUCCUUCAGGCACAGUGUGCCUCUCCAUCUUAGAGGAGGAUAAGGACUGGAGGCCAGCAAUCACAAUUAAACAGAUCUUGUUAGGAAUACAAGAACUUCUAAAUGAACCAAAUAUUCAAGACCCAGCUCAAGCAGAGGCUUACACAAUUUACUGCCAAAACAGAGUGGAAUAUGAAAAGAGGGUUCGAGCACAAGCCAAGAAGUUUGCACCAUCAUAAGCAUCUGUCAUGCAGCAUCUUAAAAAGGAAGGGAUUGGUUUGGCAAGAACUUGUUUACAAAACUUUUGCAAAAUCUAAUGUUGCUAUGUACAAUUAACAUCCACUUAGGGGAGGGGGUUGUAUGUGUGCCAUUUUCCAUAUUCGCCACUUGUAUACAGUUCUAAAUUUGCUGAAUUGCCCCCAGUUUUUUCAUACAGGGUCUCUUCCUUCAGUCUUUUGUAUUUUUGAUUGUUAUGUAAAACUUGCUUUUAUUUUAAUAUUGAUGUCAGUAUUUCAACUGCUGUAAAAUUAUAAACUUUUAUACUUCUAUAAAUUCACUAGUAUCUCUAGUUACUUUGCUAUCUGAUGCAGGCAUGCUUUAAAAUGUUAGAACUAUAUUUAGCCUCUAGCUGGCUGUAUGAAAAAAAAAAAAUCAUGCCCUCCACCCCCUUCCCUCCCUGAAUUUGAUUUUCUAUCUUUCAAAAACUAGGUUGUUAUUGCUUAAGAGCCUCUGAGAUCCAAAGUCAGCCAGCAUCCUUAUUCUGCAUCACUUCCUUUGUGUUUAUAUGGCGUUCUGUCUGUGUUGCUGUUUAGAGUAAAUAAACUGUUUAUAUAAAGGGCUUUGUUUCAUUUAUCUUCAUUAAAAGGAUUAAAAGACUGCCAUUUGAAUGGCUCUGAACACAAUUCAGUGCAAGUCCUGUUCUUGAGGCCUGUGAUGCUGCACUUGCCUUUUGUUUAGCUGUUGCCUGCAUUUCUUUCCCCUGCCCGCAUCCCAAUGGGAAUGUGGCUUUUCUCUGGGCUGAGUAGGAAUGGGAGCUUAAGGAAUUCUAGAUAGAGACCAGUGGUUUACUGUGCAUAACAGGAUCAACGCGCUGGUGUGACCAUGUUAACAUAAUGCAGGUGUUACACUGAUACGAACAACGACAGAAGCUGGCCAAGGAACGCAAGGGGACCUACAGCGGCUGGGUAUUUUAAAUGGUACUUGCUGAUCAGAAAUACUUCUGUGCCUUCUUCCAUAUGUCCAUGUAUGUAGCUUUUAGGAAAAGGAUGUGCUCUAUGCAACUACAGUUCGCUUCUGUAAAGGAAAUCACUUAAAUUAUGUAAGUUAUUUUCAUGUAUGUCAAGCUGAUAAUGCCCUCUAUUAAACUUAUACUGCUUUUUAAAUUGUAUUUCUUAGUCAAAAUCGUUCUGCAAAACAAAUUAAAGGUGAAAAGCUUUUCAUCUGAGCUGUAGCUUUUUUAGUGCUUUUGUUACUACAAGUAGUUACUGAUAAAGACUUAAGUGAUUUUAAGUGUGAUACAGCUGUUCUUUUUGUCUGUGUUUGAUUACAAUAGCUUUAUAACAUAAAAGCAUUCCCCCAAAAUAGAAUAGGUGAUUCUCAGCCCUUUAAAAAUUGUUUGGGUAGGAUUGUUCCUUGCCACUAUCUAGAAAUCCUUGUGAUGACAACACCUGACUUGAAAAAGACUUCAUGUGGUUAGGGUGGGAAAGUGAAUAAUUGAAAAACUGAGUUGAAGGAAGAGAUUAAAUGACAAAUUCACUUACUUGUGCUUCUUUUUUUUCUUUUUAAAGGUAAACGGAAUAUUUGUACCACUGCAACUGCUGCUGUGACUCCCAAAUCUAGCUCCAGUAGGGCUAGUGUUAAAUCUCUCUAGUGGAAGAGGGUUAAGAGGUGAAAAUCCUUGCUGUGACUUGAAGAACUUGUAUCCGUGAAGGUAAUGCUUUGAGUUGUCCUCCAUCUCCAAGGGCUGCUGACGUUUAGGUUUAAAUAAGGUCAUAUACAAUAGUUUGGAUUGAAAGAAACCUUUAAAGCUCAUCCAGUCCAAACCCUCUGCGCUGAGCAGGGGAUAGCUUCAACCAGAUUGGGAUGCUCAGAACACUGUCCAACCUGGCCUUGAAUGUUUCCAGGGAUGGGGCUUCUACCACCUCUCUGGGCAACCAGUGCCAAUGUUUCACAACUCUAAUUGUAAAAAAAAUUAUUUCUUCUAUCUAGCCUGGAUUCUCCCCUCUUUUAGUGUAAAACCCCUUGUCCUCUUGCAGUAGGUGCCACCAAAAAGUUUGUUCCCUUCUUUCUUGUAGGACCCCUUUAAGUACUGAAAGGCCCCAGUAUGGUCUCCCUGAAUCCUUCUCCAGGUUGAACAACCCAAAUGCUCAGCCUGCACAACCCAAAUGCUCAGCCUGCCUCCACAGGUGAGCCCUUGGCUCACUUUUGUGCCUCUCCUCUGGAUCCACUCCAACAGAUCCAUCUCUUUUCUCUGCUAAGGGCUUCAGAGCUGGAUGGAGCAGUGCAGGUGGGGUCUCAGCAGAGCAGAGGGGCAGAAUCCCCUCCCUUGCCCUGGUGGUCCUGCUGCUUUGAAUGCAGCCCAGGACAUGGUUGGUUUCUGGGCUGCAAGCGCAUAUUGCCAGCUCAUGUUGAGCUUCACAUCCACCAGCACCCCAAGCCCUUCUCUCCAGGGCUGAUCUCAAUCCAUUCUCUGAAUAUUAAGUGCCAAAGCACCAUAUGUUGCCUCAGACCGUCUAUCAAAGUAAAUAAAAAUAAAAGUACCACGUAAAAUUACUGAAGAGACAUUGAGAUAUUAAAACAGUGCUAGGAAACACUUUUUCCUCUUAAACUUAGGCAGUCAGUUUACCCUGAACUCAGUGUAGUAGUUGAAAUACAUGUGGCAGAUUCAAGCCUGCAAAAAGUCAGAGGCUCAUGCCUUGUUUGCGUUUUCCAGUUAAACUAUAGCCCAGAAAUUAGAGGGGUUCUCUGAA